CCCUGCAGCAGCCAGUCAUUUGCACUUUGCACCUCUUGUCAGGACUCACCUUCCAGCGGUUCGAAGGGAAGUUUGGUGCGCUCGACUUGUUUCACUCAUGGAGGGCAGCAGGAUCACCUGUGGACUGUGGCUGCUCGUCUUUCUCUCGGGGUGUGGGCGACUGUCCUCCUUCAACCUGGACAGCGAGAACGUGGUGCGGAGGAGCGGGGACCGGGACAGCCUGUUCGGCUUCUCCCUCGCCAUGCACCGGCAGGUCGACCCGGACAGGAGAGUGCUGCUGGUCGGCGCCCCGAAAGCAAAAGCCUUGAGUGGUCAGAAGUCUAAAGUGACGGGAGGACUGUACAGCUGUGACAUCAACUCACCUGGUUGUACCAGAGUUAACUUUGAUAAUGAAGAGGACCUGAAAAGUGAAAGCAAAGAGAACCAGUGGAUGGGGGUGACUGUCAACAGUCAGGGGCCAGGAGGCAAGAUUGUGACCUGCGCCCAUCGCUACCAGAAACGGUCCAACGUGGGAAAAGCCAUCGAGUCCCGAGACAUAAUCGGCCGCUGCUACGUGCUGAGCCAGGACUUAACAAUUGAUCCCCUUUCAAUUGAGGACGGGGGUAACUGGCAUUUCUGCAAUGGCCGAGCCAGAGGUCACGAGAUGUUUGGCUCCUGCCAGCAGGGCCUCUCUGCCACCUUCGACAAGGACUACCACUACCUCAUCUUUGGUGCUCCUGGAGCGUACAACUGGAAAGGUGUGGUGCGGUUGGAGCAAAAGAAUGAAACCUUCAUAGAGAUGGGCAUCUAUGAAGACGGUCCUUUUGAGGCAGGAGAUGAGGGCGAAAAGAACCCUGAUGAGGUCCCCGCUCCUCCAAACAGCUACCUGGGCUUCGCUCUGGACUCGGGGAAGAGUCUGGUCGAGAAGGGCGUUCUGACGGUGGUGGCCGGAGCUCCCAGAGCGAACCACAGCGGGGCCGUGGUGCUGCUGAAGAAAGGCGAAAGCAGAAACCUACUGGAGCAGUACACGUUGGAAGGGGAAGGCCUCGCCUCAUCGUUUGGCUACGAUCUGGCCGUGUUGGAUCUCAACAUGGAUGGGUGGCAGGACAUCGUGGUGGGAGCGCCUCAGUACUUUGAGAAGGAGGGAGAAAUCGGAGGAGCCGUCUACGUCUACAUCAACAAAGGCGGAAAGUGGAACGAAGUCAAGCCCGAGAGGAUAGACGGACCUCAGGACUCCAUGUUUGGACUGGCUGUGGAAAACCUGGGGGACAUCAAUCAGGACGGUUACCACGACUUUGCUGUGGGAGCUCCUUAUGAUGCAAACGGUGCUGGGACCGUUUCCAUCUAUCACGGUGCAGCGAAAGGUCUCAGCUCUAAAGACGCUGCACAGGUCCUAUCUGGCAAAAAUCUAGGAGUCAAGCUCUUUGGCUACUCUCUCGCGGGAAACAUGGACCUGGACAAGAACUCCUACCCUGACCUCGCUGUCGGAUCCCUCUCUGACUCUGUCUUCGUCUUCAGAGCUCGUCCAGUUAUUAACAUCAAGAAGGAAAUCGUGUUCAGCCCGAAGAAAAUCGACCUCACCACGAAGAACUGUGGCAACUCUUUCUGCUUAAACGUAAAGGUGUGCUUCACCUACACUGCCAACCCCAAGAACUACGCUCCGAGUCUGACGGUGGCUUAUACUCUGGCGGCCGACGCUGACAAGAAGGAGAAGGGUCUCAUCCCCAGAGGGACCUUCAAGGACACUGGUGGCUCCGAAUCCAAAGGGAUCAUCAGCAUGAACAGCAAAGGAAAGCAGCAGUGUGUUGAACGUGAGCUCCAGAUACAGGAAAAUAUCAAAGAUAAGCUGCAUGGGAUCCCCAUCGAUGUGUCUGUGGCGAUCCAGGACGCCAAACGUAAACGCAGACAGAGCUCAGCUCCGCUGUCGCCUGUCCUAGAUGACAAAGAGGAUAAAACGACUCGAUCAGAGGUGCAUUUCCUGAAGGAGGGAUGUGGCACCGACGACAUUUGUAGGAGCAAAUUGCAGGUGAAAUAUCGCUAUGGCUACAGGACGACUGACCAAGACACAUUCGAUCCAUUAAAGCUGGAGAACGACGUGCCGGUGAUCUCGCUCAGCGACCAGAAGGAUAUCGCUCUGGAGGUCACAGUCAGCAAUCUGAAAGGAGACGAUGCGUACGAAGCCCGUGUGGUCGCCACCUUCCCACGCACCCUUUCUUACUCUGCUUUCCGCGUUCCAGCGAAUGAGCAGCAAGUAACCUGCGUGGCCAAUAAAGACGGCUCUCAGGCUGAUUGUGAGCUUGGAAACCCCUUCAAACGUGACUCAACGUCGACCUUCUACAUUAUUCUGAGUACAUCAGGAAUCUCUCCAAACACCACUGAGCUGGAGAUAAAUCUACAGCCAGAGACGACAAGCAACCAGAUGAACUUAGCCCCUAUUAAAGCAAAGGCAAAGGUGAACAUCAAGUUGCAGCUGUCUGUAUCGGGAAUAGCCCAGCCGUCUCAGGUCUACUAUACAGGAGAGGUCAAAGGUGAGGCUGCCAUGAAGUCUGAAAGUGAAAUCGGCAGUGCUAUCACACACCAGAUCAGGAUCAUCAAUCUGGGAAAGCGCUUGACAGACUUUGGCACCACCACCCUCGAGAUCGACUGGCCAAAGGAGACAGACAAGGGGAAGUGGCUUCUCUACCUGACGAAGAUCAGCUCCACUGGAGUGGACCACAUGGAGUGCUCCCCUGAAGAGGAGGUCAACCCUCGGAAGUUGGCGCUAAGUUCCAGCAGGAUGAGAAGAGCAGCAGAAAACACUAAGGGAAGCGACGAGGGCACUUUCUCACGUUUACUUGACAAGAAGAAAUAUGAAACUCUGUCCUGUGGCAAGGGGGCCAAAUGUGUGAAGAUAAGGUGCCCCCUGCGGGGCCUGGACAGUAAUGCAGUCAUCACUCUCAACUCUCGCCUCUGGAACGGCACCUUCAUCGAGGAUUAUUCCACGUUACACCACGUGGAGGUGAUAGUGAAGGCCUCUCUGAAUGUGGAUAGCACAACAAAGAACACAGUGCUGGAGAAUAAAGACACAGAGGUAAAGCUGACGGUGUUCCCAGAGAGGCGUGAGGCUCAGUAUGGCGGCGUGCCGUGGUGGAUAAUCGUGCUGUCCGUCUUGUUCGGGCUGAUGCUGUUAGCCCUGCUUGCUUUCCUUCUCUGGAAGUGUGGCUUCUUUAAGCGAGCCAAGUAUGAAGACAAGGUUCCCAGUUACAGCGCUGUUCGGAUCAAACGGGAGGAGAGAGCGAUAAGCCCUGGGCACGGUAACUGGGAAAACCUGGAAAAGAAGCCCUGGAUGACAACCUGGCACGACAAAGAACAUUAUUCUUAACAGCUGAUGAGAGUCCACGCAGAUUGUUGACGCUAAACUCCAAAAUUUCUCUAUUUUUUUUUCCUGCCUUGUCUUUUUCACAGAGUGGACUGUAAAUAUCAAGAAACAAACUGAGAGACUAAUUAUCUGAUCAAACAUCCUGCUUCAUUGGGCUGAACUGAAUCCUGUAUGAAUCACUGGAGGGGGAGGAGAGUUGCGGUGCAGGCGACUGCUGUCUGUCAGCUUGUUUUGUACAUUUACUACAUUCACAGUGUUGACUGCGGACGGGUGGGGAUGGGAGCGUUUUUAUUUUUAAAAAAGACAUUUUGUACAUUUUUCUUGGAAUGUUUUGCAGAAUUGUUUAUAUUUAUUCUUUGUGAGGAGUUCUUUACGUUACGCGCCACACAGGCCAAAGAAUCAUGCAACUGAAAUGUGUUCAUUUUUACCCCCGUUUUUAAAAAGUGCACCUGCCUUUAACUUGUUGACCGAUCAACAUUUUUCAUGCUCAGGGUGCCUCAGGUCGGACACGUCGCGGAGGGAGCGCAAACGAUCCCACUCGGUUUGUAAAUACACACUACCAAUCCUCUGCAGAGUUCCCACGGUUAUUCACUGGCUGUAACAAAAGAGAAGGAAGAAAGUGAGAGAGUAUAAAGAGUUUGUUGAAUAAAGAUUUUCUUUUUUUAAAUGUUGUCAUA